AUGGUAGAUAUAAAAAAUAUUGUUGUAAGACGAAUGAUAAAUUAUUAUAAAAAUGUAAAAAGGAAUACUUCUCCUUUUUGUAUGAAUUUGAUGUUUUAUAAUUUUCAUGAGGAUUUUAUUUUAAUUUUAAUUAAAACAUAUAUGAAUAUAUUAAAGAAAUAUGAGAGUUAUAAUAAAACUAUACAUUUAUUAGAAGAAUAUUAUAUGUUAUUCAACUAUGUUAUCUUAUCUUAUAUCCCUUUGUAUGUAUACGAAUUAGAUAUAAACAAUUUAUAUCUCUUCGAUAUGUUGCUACAUAAGUUUAAUGAAAAGAGAAAAAGGGAAAAUAAUAUGAAAAAAAAUGUUAUAGAUAAUAAUAUAUAUAAAAAAUAUAGAAUAUUAAAUCGAAUUAAUAAAAAUGGUCAUGUAGAAGCAAACAAAUUACAUUGUGUACAUCAUAAGAAUGUAGAAUACAUGAAUAUAAACAAAUUGAAUAAACAUAUGAACAUUUGUUUUAAUGAUAAUAAAUGUGACAGUAUUUAUUCUUUGAAAAAACAGACAAGUGAAGACAUACAAAAAAAUGAAAAACAAAAUGAUAAAUUAAUAUUACCAAGUUUUCAGGGUUCUUUAAAAAAAAAUAUAUAUAUGAAGAACAAUACAAAUAGAAGGAUUUGUGAAACUAACUUAUUUUAUAAAAACAAUAACAAUGAUCACUUAAAAUUGAAGAAGAAUAGGAGUCCUAUCUAUUUAUGUGAGGAUAAUUUAAAAAAAAGAAAAGAUAUUAUAAAAAAUAUGAUAAAAGAGAUGGAUAAUUUGUAUGCACAUGUGUAUUACUGGAAAUAUCUGACAGAAUUAAACAUAAAAUGUAAUAAUAAUAAUAAUAAUGAUAAGAAUAAUAAUUUGGAAGUGAAUUACGCAAUAAAUAAAGGUCAAGAUAUUUAUCUUAAUAUAUAUAAAAAUAUAUACAACUUGUAUAAAUAUAUGAAUAAAAAGCAUAAACAAAAUUUAGAAAAAAUGAAUAUGAAAAAAGAACAAUUAUCUAUUACUCAUAAUAACGAAAUGGAAAAUAUUAUAAAUGAAAAAAAAAUACAUAAGAAGAAUGAAGAAUAUCACAAAAAUGUAAACGAUAUGGUUUUUAAACAUAUAGCAGAGAAAAAUGCGUUAUGUAGACAUAUCGAACAUGAAAUGAAUAUAAUACAACAAAUAAAUAUGAAAGAAUAUAAAGAAAAUAUUUUCUAUAUUUUUAGUAUUAUAUCAAAGAAUAAACAAAAUUUGUCUUUGCCUCCUUUACCAGUGGAAGAGGAGAGGGAUAUACAAAAAGAAGUAAGACCGUAUCAUAAUGAGGAAAAAAAAAAAAAACAUAACAAUAAUAAUAAUAAUUAUAAUAAUAUUUGUAAUAAUAAUAAUAAUAAUAAUGUGAGUAAUAUUAAUAAUUCCGGUUGUAAUAAUUUUAAUAAUAUGUGUGAAAAUAUGAAUGAUCUAUCUAAACAUAAAUGUAAGGAUAUAAAAGAAAAUUAUAUAUAUAAUGACAAGAAUAAUAUUACGAUGGAAGAUAAAAUAAAGACCUACUAUCAUAUCGAAGAAUGUUAUUACCAUUAUAAAUAUAUAAUAAAAUGUUUUCAUUUUAAAUAUUUAUAUGAAUUAAUAAAAAGUAAAAUAAUGAUAUAUAAUUAUUUACACUUUCAUAUAAAAAAAUCUUUAUAUAACAUAAUGAACGUUUCUAUAAUAUUUAGCUUAGGAGAAAUAUAUCAUAUAUUUGAAUAUGACAAGAAGAAAAACAUACAAUUCCAAGACAAUUUUUUUACAACUUUAAGAAAAAUGCAAAUCUAUAAUUAUAAUAAGUAUUAUCAAUAUAAUAUGAAUAACGAAAAGGGGCCAGAUAAGUAUUUUAACUCUUUUCAAAUAUAUGAAGAAAAAAAAAAAAAAGUAACAAAUGUUUUGGAAAUACAGAAAGAUGAAGAUAUAUUAAAGAAGGAUGUGAAUACUAAUGAAUGGGCAAAUCCUACUGGUUUGAAAAAAAAAAUUUUGCAUCUCUUAAAAGGGGGAACACAAAUAAAUAAAGACAAUGAACAUAUGAAUAAGUUUGUACCAAUAUAUAAUAAUUCUUUGUUGGUAAAUAAUAUUUUAAGUGGAUAUAAUGCUCAUGACAUAAAAGAACAAAAAGGUGAUGACUCUUUAAAAUGUGAAGAAUCUUUUUAUUUUGAUGAAAAUGGAUAUUUUAAAUAUAAAAAAAAAAGAAAAGGAGCAAAGGAAUUUUUUAAUCAUAAUUAUAGUAGUACCUAUAAUUAUAUAAAUAAUAAUAACACACUAUAUUUUAUGAAUAAUAAGAUGGAUGAAAAUAUAUAUAAUAAUAACAAUAAUAAUAAUAAUAAUGAUAUCAAAAUAAAUAAAUUAACUAUAAAAGAUAAAAAAUUAAAUUGUCUUAUUCUUUUUAUUAAUGAAGAUAUAUCUAAUUAUACAAAAGAAAAUGUAUAUAAUAAUAUUUUUAAUAUAAGCUUAACAAAAAUGGAUUUUAUUUUCCCAACCAUAAAAGAGCAAUUACAUGUUGUAAAAGAAAUGUAUAAAGGAAAAAAAGAAAAAUUAUUUUCAGAUGAUUUAUAUAAGAAAAGUAUAAAAAAUAUAUGUAAUGAUAUCAGUGAAAAAAAUGAAUCGUUGUCUUAUGGGACCAUUAUAAUAACAAGACAUAAAAAUUUAAAGAUAGCUAUGCAAGGGAAAAAUAACUUCAAGGAAAACCAUCAAACUGGUGAUAAUAAUAAUGAUAAUAAUAAUAAUAAGAAUAAUAAGAAUGAUAAUAAUAAUAAUAAUAAUAAUAAUAAGGAUAUAAAAAAUAAAGAGGAAAAUAAUAUUUAUUAUAAUAAUCAUAAUUUGGAUAAUCUUAAUUAUAUUCCCUUUGAUAAUUUUUUUUUUAGUUUACUAAAUAUGCCUGAACAAGUCAUGCGAACUAGCCAUUUUUCGAUAAAUGAGAAAAUGUUCCCCAAAAAAAAAAAAAAAAAAAUAUAUAUAGACAUUAUAUUUCAUGUACUAAUACCUAAGAAGAUAAAUAGAAAAAGUUUUAAAAUAAUACUUUUUUCUUUAUUUAAAAUAUUAGAUUUAUGCAAAUUGUAUAAUAUAUAUUGUAUAAAUUGUUCAUUUCCAUAUGUUCAUGAUAUAGUAUAUAAAAAUAAGAGACCGAUUAUAUAUUCAUUUAUAUAUUCUUUUAUAAUGACUAUAAUGAAAUAUAUAAAGAAAGGUCAACCUGAAGAUCACAAUAAUACAGUAAGAAUAUUUCAUUUUAUUUUCCCUCCUUUGCAGUUUUAUGAAAAGUUAACAACAGAACAAAUGGAAAAUAAAAACGAUGGAAAAAAUCAAUUUAAAGAAAAUAUUAAUAAAAAUUAUGAUAAUAAGGAAAACAACAUAAAUUAUGAUUAUAUCCAUAAUGUAGAUAAGACCAAAAUAUCUAACAUAACUUAUUUUAUCGACAAGUUGAUACAUGAUUUGAAGGAAAAGUAUAUGUUGAUUGAAAGUAUAUAA